AUGAAAGCAACUUGGAUUACAACAGGAACAUGUAUUGUUUAUAAAAAAUUAACUAAUAUACAAUCUAUUAAAGGUAGUAUAUUAGAUGCUUUUAUUCAUGAAUUAAAAAUCCAUUUACGUUUUGAUUUUUGUGAUCGAAUUGUUCGUUGUUUUGGUAUUAGUAAAGUAUUAGAAGUAUUUAAAAAAGUGGAUUUUGGAAUAGAAAAUGAAGAUAAUGAGGAUUCAACUCCUAUGGGAACUGAAAUAAGCAUUAAUACUUCGGUUGAAGUAGGACAAACCGAAGAAUUAAAUCGUUCUCUUGAUACACAUGAUCAGUGUUGUGCUGGGACAUGUCUCAGAUGUGCUUGGGACAAUUGGGACAUAAUGAGGGACAGCUUGGGACAUAGUGUGGAACAGUUUUAA